AUGUAACCAAACACCAUUCAGCAGUAUGUCAACAUUAAAGUCCUUGCUCGGUCAAAACGAUACGCCACGCCCAUUGGACCUUAGUUUAUUCUCUGAAGUAUGUAGCGAACAUAGAGCAGCGGAAUAAUUCAGUUUGAGUCGUUAGGCAGUGUCAACAAACUCACGCUGAGAAGAAAAAUCGGUUAAAGAAAUCAGACGAUCCAUUUUCUAGAUUUAAGUUAGCCCCUCUCCGACGUGAACAAUUUAUCUAAGCUGUUGUUUGUAUCAUAACCAAAUAUUAAAAUGGGAAGAAUUCAUAUCUGGGUAAAACGGGCGUUCAUUUGUGUGUGUGUCUUGAUAGGGAUCAUCAGCACCCUCUUGCUGGCCAUCACGUUAUUUGGACAUGGGCACUUCCACCAAUCAAAAGAAAUAGACAAGAUGCUGCCAGGGAUAGCAGUUCUGUAUGUCCUAGAAGCAGCAACCCUGGCCCUUUCAAUCUUUGGGGUCUAUGGAGCUCGCAAGGAGAAGAAGUGGGCUGUGAUUCUGUUUUCUGUAGGUAUGUCACUGGCCAGCCUGUACCUGUUUGUGGAGUGUGUGAAUGGAUAUCAAAGGAAACACGAGAUGGAGGAGUUAAGCAGAAAGGAAGACCUAGCCAUGAUGCCUCUCAGUGGAGCGAAACAAAACGAUAUAGAACAGAUGUACUACUUUCAAGCUAACUUAAAAUGCUGUGGGCUCGUACAAGGCUACCAAGACUGGGGCACAGACAUCCCCAUCUCCUGUCUCUGUUCUGAUGAGGACUCAACAGACUUUAAAUGUGUUGCUCGUGGUAACAAUACAAGAUUUGUUAUUCACUAUCCCAACAGUGAUAUGUCUGAGGAUGAUGACCACAAGGGAUUAAUGGAUGAACACAUGCUGGUAUAUAAAGAGCCAUGUCUUCCCAUCCUGCUCUCUUUCAUGGGCUAUGCAAUCAGCCUGAUGAUAGGAACAUUAGUAGCACUGACAGCAUUAUGGGAUGUUGGAGUUGCCCUGGCCAUCACAAUACUCUGCCAGAUGAGAAGAAAGGUUGAUGUGCCACCUGUGAUCUUCACCUCUCAACCACCUCAAUACAGAGAGCUGUGUGACACAGCAGAGAGUGUCUGAAAUGAAAUAGUCCUCUUAUGAAGGAGACUCAAUGCACUAGUCUGAGUGUCAGUCUGUUUGUGCCACCAUGACAACUCCUGUCACUCAUUUGUGUCAAGCCAAACAAGACAAUGGGUGACAAAGAGUUGACUUGGCAAUGACAGACUCGCACGAUGGCCUUUAUUUAGCUUGGCAAGUCAGUUAGGAACAAAUUCUUAUUUACAAUGACGGCCUACCGGGAAACAGUGGGUUAAACUGCCUUGUUCAGGGGCAGAACGACCGUUGGCAUUGGCAAGACCACAAAUAGGUCUGGGAUCAGGUUAGCAAUGCACUCAUAUUAUGUACAUACUCAUAACACACAUGAAAGGACAACUCAGGACAUUAUUAGACAUUAGACAUCUCUACUGUGUUGUCCAAAGUGUUACUGUUCAACCAUUUAACCAUUGUAGUGCCUCAGUGUUGGUUACAGUGUCUUAAAUAAAGGGACAAGCAUCUUUUAA